GAUUAUUAGACGGUUGCACAACCGUUACCACACGGUGAUGUUGAGAUUUAAGUGCAGUGUAUGCACGAUAGAGGGUAAAAUAAAAUAGGCAGCUGUUGCUGUACCGAUUUCCUUUGCAGUUAUACCUUCUUACGAGACAAUUUAAUCUGUUUUUGAGCAAUAAAUAAACAGCUAGCUUGUGGGAAAAGUGCGCUUGAAGUUAUUAGCUUGUUAGCAGAGUUCAUAAUUAACUAGUGCUGGAGCAGAUCAUGUUACUCUAACUGUUUUGACAACUAGAUAAAGAAACAGGAUAAAUCCAGCUGUUCUGUGAAGGCCUCAGAGGUUUGCCAUAUGAAAGUAAGGAUAAGAAGCCUUUUACUGGAUAAUGGAGGCAUUACCGGAAGAAACUACAGAAAGAGCAACACAUGUAGUUGUAAAAGGUGAAGCUGCCAUCAAACAAGAAUUUCUCACAACCAAAGAUGCAUUUCAUGGCUUCCUGGACUCAGAACGGCUGGGCUCCAAAGCAGAGAAGGCCGGUGAAAAUGACACACUAAAAGAGAAAAUGGAUCCCUCUGUGGAAGAACCUGAAGUUAAAAAACCCAAACUGGACCCCGAAGAUGUGAAAAAAGCAGAGAAACCAGAUAAGAAAAGAUUUCGGGGACAGAAUAAGUCGAGGCCACACACAAAGCCUACCACUUAUGAAGAAAAGCGACUGUGUUCAUCAGUCAUUCAGAAGAACGGUGAAUGCAAGUUUGGGGACAAAUGCAGCUUUUACCAUGAUGUGGCAGAGUACAUGGCCUCCAAGCCUGCUGACAUUGGGGAAGGUUGUUACCUCUAUGACACAUUUGGAAAGUGUGAAUAUGGGCUUGCCUGCCGCUUCGCUAAGGCGCACACCACUGCUGACUUUAAAACCAUGGAGAAGGCAGUCCUGGUUAAAGCUUACGAAGACAAGACUAUGGUGAAGAACAGUUUGAGCAAGGACCUCCAGUAUCGUCUCAGGAAGCGUUCUGUCACAUUCAAAAAGUCAGAGGAGUACCUGAAAACACUUUGUAACAACAAAGAUAAAAAGGAACAUCAGGGGAACGGUGAUGUUUGUACAGCGGAGGCAUCUGCAGGCCCAAAAGAAGAAAAGCAGCAUGUUUCUCCUGAAGAACCGCUCCCCACCAGCCCGGAUAUUCAGCCUCCAGUAAAGACUUUAGGCCCUCUAACUGAUGCCGAUGUUGUCAAACUGCGGCCGUGUGAAAAGAAAAAGGUGGACUUCCGAGACAAGCUCUAUCUUGCUCCUCUAACAACCUGUGGGAACCUGCCUUUCCGUCGUGUGUGCAAGCGCUUCGGUGCAGACAUCACCUGCGGGGAGAUGGCCAUGUGCACGAAUCUGCUGCAGGGGCAUCAGUCAGAGUGGGCUCUCCUGAAGAGGCAUGAGAGUGAAGAUCUGUUUGGUGUUCAGGUUGAAGGCUGUUUCCCUGAUACCAUGACGAGGUGUGCAGAGCUCAUCAACAAUUACACCGAUGUUGAUUUUGUGGAUAUCAACUCUGGAUGCCCCAUUGAUCUUGUUUACAAGAAGGGUGGAGGAUGUGGCUUGAUGACCAGAACCAGAAAAUUUGAACAGAUCAUCAAAGGAAUGAAUUCUGUCCUUGAUGUCCCUUUAACCGUCAAGAUCCGCACUGGUGUUCAGGAGAAGUCCAACGUCGCUCACAAACUUAUCGGAGAAAUGAAGAACUGGGGCGUCUCCAUGAUCACACUACAUGGCAGAUCCAGGGAGCAGCGCUACACAAAGUUAGCUGACUGGGACUAUAUCAGCACAUGUGCCAAGCUGGCCUGCCCCGUUCCCCUCUUUGGUAAUGGAGACAUUCUGUCUUAUGAGGACGCCAUGAAAGCGAGAGAGACUGGUGUUUCUGGUGUCAUGAUUGCAAGGGGUGCCCUCAUCAAGCCUUGGAUCUUCACCGAGAUAAAGGAGAGCCGACACUGGGACAUCUCGUCCAGCGAGCGCCUCGAUAUCCUCAAGAGUUUCACCAACUUUGGCCUGGAGCACUGGGGCUCGGACACUCGAGGUGUGGAGAAGACCCGUAACUUCAUGCUGGAGUGGCUCUCUUUUAUGUGCAGAUAUAUUCCAGUGGGCCUGUUGGAGCGAGUGCCUCAGAAGAUCAAUGAGAGGCCUCCAUAUUACAUGGGCAGAAACUACUUGGAGUCCCUGAUGGCCAGUCAAAAUGUUGAGGACUGGAUAAGGAUCAGUGAAAUGCUACUCGGACCGGUCCCGAAGACUUUCAACUUUUUACCUAAACACAAAGCUAAUUCCUACAAGUGAUUUUUCUUUAUUUGACGCUAACAGAAGAAUCAGUUUUUUAGUUUUUUUAUUGGUUAUAGAAAACAAGAUUAAGAAGAAAAUAUGUUGUUUUAUAAAAUAAGAAGAUGACUACAAAUCUGUUAAAUUUAUUUUGUGGAGCAGAAUAAAGGAGUAAUGAUCAACAUAAAA